AGGUGGCACCUAUGUGCCCCCCAGCUCAAGCACAAGAGCAAUGGACUCAUAAGAGUAGUAACUAAGAAAAAAAAAGGUUUCUGAUUUAUUUAGUUCGGCACUUCCGAUCAUUUCUCCGCGGCGGCGCAACCGAUUCCCCCGCCGCCUAUGGCCAAAGGUCGAAAAUUAACGACCAGCCGGAGCGAACGUUUUUUGGGAACCUACGCCUAUAGCCAAGGCUCCGCCGCCUUGAACCCAUCGGAGCUCCGGGAAGAAGAUGUCUGGGGCGCCGGAGAUGACGCCGGCGAUCGCGAGUGGGAGCCACACGCCGCCGCCUUAAACAACAGUGGCGUCAGCCGGCGCCGGAUUCCACGUGACACGGAGGAGCACCGGCGCGUGGGUGGACUGUCACUGGCGUUUGAAGCUCCGGCUAGUGGCUCGUCGCCGAGGAUGGUGCACCAGUUUCGGGCGCGUGAGGAGAUGACGUCGACGCCGCGAGGGCGCCACAUGGCGACGUCGGCGCCGGUGAACGUGCCGGACUGGAGCAAGAUACUCCGAGUCGACUCGGUCGAGUCGAUAAACGACGAGGACGGGGACGAAUCGGAAAUGAUGCCACCGCAUGAAUACUUGGCGCGUAGCCAGAAGAUGGUGGCUAACUCGGUGUUUGAAGGAGUGGGCCGCACGUUGAAGGGCCGCGACUUGAGCCGGGUUCGUGACGCCGUGUGGAACCAGACCGGGUUCGACGGUUAACACCCGGCUCAGGUUUGGACUUUCUUCGUCUUAAUUGUAAUAAAACCUAUUACAGUAUAUUAAAUUUUUAAAGUAAUAGAAGUGCAGACAAAUAAACACAAUAGUGUUUAUAUUUCUGCUGGUUCUAUAAAAGACAAGACAAACACACAGUUUUGUAUGUAAUUUUAGUUCUGUUUUGCAAUUAUAAUUGGAGUUUUAUUUUGAUAAUUUACAUAAUAAAAAGUUUUUAUUAUGAUAAAUUAUCAAAAUAGAAAUCCAAUUUUAAUCGAUGAACGGUACUAAAAAUGCUUAUAAAACUGUAUUUUAAGUUUUGUGUUUAUUAUAAUAAUUAUUAUUGAGCAGGUGGUAAGUGAUGGUUAGUUGAAGACAAUUGUUUUGGUUUUUCUGGGCGAUGAUUCGGCUGGGUGGACUCGACUGAAGAGAGUCCAACUCAGUGGCCAGUGAGCCUGAGCCGUAAUAAUUGAUUAGCAUGUAAUUGAAAUUGUAAUUUGUGAAUUAUGAUUAAGAUCUUUUCUGGCCAAGGCCACUUUAUUUUCA